ACAUAGAGAUACUGACAUCCAUGCCUCCUUUUAAGUAGUGUAAGUACAGUACAUUGUUCGAGUCUAAAUGUGUCAACACUGAGAUGAAACAUCUCCAGGCGCAGUUAGCGAAUGCAACUGGUGGAAGAACUGGAACGUGUGUCCAGGAAGGUAGAGCUAUUUGAUAAAUCGUAAGGUCAACAUUGUUUCCAAACGCGUUAUUCAAGCCAAGUGUGGACGAAAAGCAACUCGGAUCAUAUUCGUAAACUUUCGUAACUCCGCCCUUCGUGCGAGCCUGGAUGACUCGGUUGUCUGGGUUACUGUAAACGACGCUUCAUAGUACAGCCGUGCGAAAACAACCUCAACAGUGUUUGCUACUAAACUAUCAAGAUACCGUGUCUAUUCAUAUGCAGGGUAUACUACGGACAGUUUUGUCAAAGCAACGGCUACGAAGGUUUUUCAGAGAUGGCAGUGUAUUUUGACCACCGGAUCGAGGCUCCGGAGAACAGUGGGACACCUUUCCUCAUAGCUUGGCACUCUACUCAACCCGUGCUCGCGGUAGGAUCCAUUAGUCCAGACACCGGAGGCAGCGUCGACGUCUACCAACAGCAUGGUGAGCAUGCAGAGCUGUGUAGAAUUGAGCGAAGCUGCAGCCCAACUGUGCUGCACUGGCAUCCCAGUAAGCCUGUGCUGUGUGUGGGAUGGGAGACUGGAGAGGUGGCGCUGCUCACACACCCCACAGGAGAAACUAUACCUCUGCCACAGAACACACACACUGCAUGCAUCACACUGCUGGAGUGGAGCCACAGUGGAGGAAGACUGGUCACAGGUGAUCAGGCUGGAGUGCUGGCUCUAUGGAAGGUAGAUGCCAGAGGCAGAUUUCAGGGGACUCAUGUUGUGAAGCAUGAGUAUGGCAAGCCUCUCACAUGCUGCAUCUACAGACCCACUGCUCCCACAGAAGAUGUGGCUCUGCUGGCCCGUGCAGCAGUCAGUGGUGAUGAGAAUGCUCUAGACAUGUUUAACUGGAAGAAGGCAGGGAAAGGACCUCCGCGACAGGACACACUUCAACUAUACUGCAGUACAGCUGAUGGCUCUGUUUACAGUGUUGAUGAACGUGGACGCAGUGUGUGCAUGCUAACAGUAGAGGGUGCCGUGCAAAAGCUGGUGUACGUAGAGCAGAAGACAGUGCUGGCUGUAGUCACAGACACCCUCAUGCUCGCACAGUUCAGUCUCAUGCCAGAUGGUGGCGCUCAUGAGCUAAGCAAGGUGAAGCUGAGUGGAAGGACUGGUCAGAAUAUGGACAUCUUGUGGACAGAGAGUGGCCUGCUGAUCACAGCUGCAGGGGAAGCCCUCAUCAGGCUAUGGGAUUUGGAGAAGGAUGAUAAUUAUAUUCUGUCUUUGGAGGAGAACUUGGGUUUUGAGAAAGGAGAACUGUUGAACUGUGUGUCGUACUGCCCAGCUAAAGAAAUCCUUGCUGCUGGGACCAGUAAGGGCCGCGUUGCUCUCUGGCGGAUGGUCACCGCGGCUAAUUCCAAAGGAGACUCGACAACUCAGUGGAAACUACAGACUCCUACAGAAGUGGAGGGGAACAUUCAUCAGCUGCAGUGGGGCUCCAGUCUGUGGUUGCUGGCAGUGUGCACUGGCACCUCAGUGCAAAUCCUGUCUGAGCAGCUCAUGUGUUCCCACUUCAGCCAGCAGGUGGCAGCAGUGCAGCUCACGCCCAACACCAUCAGUCUGGCGUAUUUCAGCACGGACACGUUCCUCACGCUCCGCACAGAUACACAUGUUCGGGCAGUGCAGGUUGCCAAGGACUGUGUAACUGUUUGGAAUGGGAAAUAUGUGAUGGUGUAUGAGCCUGCGGGACCAGCUCUACGCAACACAGGUUCGUUCCCGUGUGAGUCUCCAGCUCUGGCCAUUCAUGAGGAGAACAUCUACACAGUGGAGCCCAACCGGGUGCAGGUCCGCACUCCACAGGGUACAGUGAAGCAGUUGUUGACGUUCUCUGAAGCAGAGGGGAACCCAGUGUUGCUCAGUGUGUGCAAAUCCUACCUGGCUGUGGGCACAGACACGGCUCAUGUUAGAGUGUUCGACCUGACACGAAGGGAAGCAAAGCCAAUGUGUAAUGCUAAAGGUCUGAAGGAAUUGAUCCCUAACCUGGGAGCCUUGUGCUCAGUUAAAUGCAACGCAAGUGGAAACCAAGUUAGCCUCUUGGUCACUCAGGGGAAUGGCAGACCAGAUCACAAAGUGUAUUUCUAUGACGUGGAGAUGGACACGAUUACACAUUUUGACUUCUUCACUGGGAGGCCUCCCAGUGGCCUCUCCCAGACAGAGGAUAGUGAGAGGAAUCAGUGUGUGGAGGCUGACCUGAGCGGACGCUGCCCCAUCUCUCAGUUCUGGGAUGAAACUGAGCCACGUCUGUUUGUCUGUGAGGCUGCACCUGUGAACUCUGACCUCCACCAAGACAGCCAAUCACAAAAGGCUGAUUGUCUGGUAGUUACAUUCUUUGUGACACAGGAGCAUGGCCUCCUAUUGCAAGAAUCUGCCCCUAAACCAGCUGGUCUGCAAGCGCUACUUGCCCUGGAUGCACCCUACUACUACUACGCGUGUAAGCUCUUGUUUCGGAGGGGUGGGCUUUUCCUCCCUGUUCCUGGAGAGGGCUCUGUAGCGGAGGAGCCCAGCGCGGCCCCUCAGAUGGUGGUGCGCCGCGCCCUACGAGACUUCACCGGUCUGGAGAACUGUGACAAACCCACCAGAGACGCACUGCUCAACUUCAGCUUCUACCUCACCAUUUCAGACAUGGACGAGGCCUUCAAAGCUAUCAAACUCAUCAAAAGCGAGGCGGUGUGGGAGAGCAUGGCGCGGAUGUGUGUGAAAAGCCGGCGUCUGGACGUGGCGCGGGUGUGCCUGGGGAACAUGGGCAACGCCAGGGCGGCACGUGCUCUUAGAGAGGCAGAGAAGGAGCCCGAGCUGGAGGCCCAGGUGGCCAUGCUGGCAACACAGCUGGGCAUGCUGGAGGAGGCUGAGCGCCUGUACCGCUCCUGCGGGCGUUACGACCUGCUGAAUAAGUUCUACCAGGCGUGUGGGCAGUGGCAGCGCGCCAUAGAGAUGGCCGAGACCCACGACCGCGUGCACCUGCGCACCACCUACUACAGCUACGCCAAGCACCAGGAGGCCACGGGAGAGAACAUCGUCGCCAUCAGCUAUUAUGAGAAGUCUGACACUCACCGCGUCGAGGUUCCCAGAAUGCUCAUCGAAGACUCCCUUGCCCUGGAAAUCUACGUCAAUAAGAUGAAGGAUAAGAAUCUGUAUAAGUGGUGGGCCCAGUACCUGGAGAGCCAGUCGGAUAUGGAGUCUGCUCUGCGUUACUAUGAGCAAGCGCAGGACUUCCUGUCUCUCGUGCGAGUCCACUGUUACCUGGGGAACGUUCAGAAGGCAAGUGAGAUAGCCAAUGAGACGGGAAACAGAGCUGCCUCCUAUCACCUGGCCCGGCAGUAUGAGGGCCAGGAGGAUAUCGGCCAAUCGGUGCACUUCUACACACGAGCGCAGGCCUACAACAAUGCCAUUCGCUUAUGUAAGGAGAACAACCUUGAUGAACAGCUCCUAAACCUGGCACUGCUGAGCAAUCCUGAAGAUAUGAUGGAGGCCGCCUGCUACUAUGAGGACAAAAACUUACACAUGGACCGGGCAGUCAUGUUGUACCAUAAGGCAGGCCAUGUCUCGAAGGCUCUGGAGUUGGCCUUCUCCACAGAGCAGUUUGGAGCUCUGCAGUUGAUCGCAGAGGACCUGAAUGAGAACAGUGACCCCGCCCUGCUGGCUCGCUGCUCAGAUUUCUUCAUCAAACACUCACAGUACCUCAAGGCGGUGGAGCUACUGGUGGCUGCUAAGAAUUACCACGAGGCCCUGCAGGUGUGUUUGGACCAGAGCCUGACCGUGACGGAGGAGCUGGCUGAGAGAAUGACAGUGACGCGAGGCUCUGCCCACCUAUCAGAAGAGGAGCGAAAGGACCUGCUUGAGCGAAUCGCUGACUGCUGCAUGCGCCAGGGCAACUAUCACCUAGCAACCAAGAAGUACACCCAGGCUGGCAAUAAAAUGAAGGCAAUGCGCGCACUGUUGAAGUCUGGUGACACAGAGAAGAUUAUAUUUUUUGCUGGAGUGUCUCGUCAGAAGGAGAUCUACAUCAUGGCCGCCAACUACCUGCAGUCUCUGGACUGGCGGAAGGAUCCAGAAAUCAUGAAGAACAUAAUUGGCUUUUACACCAAAGGCAGAGCUCUUGACCUGCUGGCAGGUUUCUAUGAGGCCUGUGCACAGGUGGAGAUAGACGACUACCAGAACUAUGAGAAGGCAUUGGGUGCACUAACAGAGGCCUAUAAGUGUUUAUCGAAAGCGAAAGGUCGAAACGCAGAUGACCAGGACAGUAGAAAUGCUGAGCUCGCACACCGAAUCUCCUUGGUGAAGAAAUUCAUCCAAGCGCGCAGGCUGUAUGAGGAUGAGCCUGCGGAGGCGAUGCAUCUGUGUGAGACGCUGUUGCAAGAGCCGGAUCUGGACCCAGCCGUCAGAGUGGGUGAUGUCUACGGCUUUCUGGUGGAACAUCUCUGCCAACAGGGCAACUAUCAGCAGGCCGUCUCCAGGUUGGAGGAGCUGCGGCGCACCUUGCCGUCGGUGAACAUGGGGCUCUAUGUGAGCCAGAACAGCCUCACGGCCCUUCAGGAAGCCACGGGGCUCCAGCUGGCUCGUGGAGACAACCAGGACUCACACGCACACCACCUCGCUCACUCCACACGCCACGACAGCGGGGGAGAGGAUGAGGAGGAGGUGGUGGAGGAGGAAGAGGACGAGAAUCUGCCAGACUGAGAGACUGAGACCAUUUUUUUGUUUAGUUCCCUCUGUUGGUCAUUCAUUUAUUUGAUCAUACAAAAGCCUUGCAAUGAGACAUCCUCUCUUCACGGCUUCAUGCGCAAGCUGUGCAGUCAUGGUGUCAAUUCAUUGUAGUCUUCUUUUCACAAUUCUCUGUAAUGCUUUGCUUUAUAUGUAAAAUUCUCACAUAUUGUUGUAUAAGAAUGUGCUUGUAAUGACUGACAAGGCUCUGAGACAGAGUUGUGCCUCCGACUUAUUUUAUAUAUGUGUAUGUGUGGUUUCUACUGACAGUGCCAGCCUGCUGAGAGCUUUGAGCAGAGGCCUGUGUGUGUGUGUGUGUGUGUGUGUGUGUGUGUGUGUGUGU